GGGCAAAUGUGCGCAAUCGAAGAUCGAAAGGACCUUAAGAUGGUGUCGAGACUUUUGUGCCUAACCUUACUGGCCAUCCACCUGGCAGGUGCUGUGGUGCAGCAUCGGUCUCUGGAGGAGGCUCGUCUAGAGCGUCAGAGAUUGGUCCAUAGGUAUAUUAAGGUCCUGAACAAGGAGGAGGGCGCCAUACGGCUGGUGGGAGGAGAUAAUGAAUAUGAAGGCAACAUUGAAGUCCUUCACAAUGGCAAAUGGGGAGCAGUUUGCGAUGAUGAGUGGGACUCCGCCGAAGGUCACAUCGUAUGCCGGCAGCUGGGCUUCCCUGGGAUGAGGAAGUACACUAGAAGUGGCUUCUUUGGACCUGCCCGCCGUCGCUUCUGGAUGGAUAACCUCUUCUGCGAAGGUCACGAACAGGAGUUGGUGAAUUGCCAUUUCGAAGGUUGGGGUGAGAAUGACUGUGAUCCUGGAGAGGCAGCAGGAGUGGUGUGUUAUCCCCCAGAAAAUGCAGUGAUUCCUUCACCAUUGCCCAUCUUCAGAGAUGAAGACUUACCCAAAUUCCCUAUCCGCUCUAGAUCCCGUUUAUAUGUGAGAUUAAGAGGUGGAAGAUCCAGAAUUGAGGGGCGAGUGGAGGUUAGUUUAGACGGCGGUCGAUGGGGCAGUGUGUGUGCCGAUGGCUGGUCACUUUUGGAGGCCAAUGUUGUGUGUCGACAGCUGGGCCUGGGCUAUGCCAGCGAGGCCUUCCAAACGGAUUUCUUUGGUGGCUCCAAUGUGUCGAGACCCGUGCUGAGUGGCAGCGAAUGUUAUGGCAACGAAACGGAACUGGCCGACUGCCUACAUCACGAUGCAAGUCAGGGCAUCGUCAGCUGUCAUGGCAAUCGCCAGCAUGUGGCCGCCGUGAUCUGUGACUAUAUUGCCCCCGAUCUGGUGGUGGACUAUUUGGAAAUCGAACAGACAGCCCAUCUGGAGGAUCGCCCUAUGCUUCUGAUGCAGUGUGCCAUGGAGGAGAACUGUGUGGCCAAUGAGGCAUAUCAAAUCCAACGGGAUGAUCCACAAUGGCGGUAUCGAUCGAGGCGAUUGCUCAAGUUUACGGCAGCUGCCAUCAAUGCGGGCAAUGCGGAUUUCCGGCCAUUUAAGGAGAAGAGCCAGUGGGAGUGGCACAUGUGCCAUAUGCACUUUCACAGCAUGGAGGUGUUUGCCACCUUUGACAUCUUCGAUACGAGAGGUCGUAAAGUGGCUCAAGGUCACAAGGCCUCUUUCUGCCUAGAAGACAGCAACUGCCUGCCUGGUGUGGCCAGGAAAUACAGUUGCGCCAACUACGGAGAUCAGGGAAUUUCCGUCGACUGCUCGGAUGUAUAUCUAUACAAUCUAGACUGCCAAUGGGUGGAUGUGACAGACCUCAGUCCCGGCUCUUAUGUCCUCAAGAUUGCUAUUAACCCGGAAUUUAAGGUGGCUGAGAUGAACUACGAUAACAAUGCUGCCAUCUGCGAUCUGAUAUACACUAAAAACUUUGCCCGAGUGCAAAACUGCCAGCUGGGAAGACCUUAAAGAGUGGAAGGUUAGGCUUAAGUACUGGGUGAACUGGAAACCAAAUCAAAAAGUGCCAAAAACUACGAUUAACCAAAGGGAGCUUGUAUAUUUUCUAUAUAUUUUCUUACCUUAAACCUUAACUCUUAUGCGAAAUAAUUAAAAGUGCACAAUCGGAAAA